UCAUUUAUUCCACAAAAUAUCAGAGAGUAAGGGUAGUCUUGGAAUUUCCGCCCCAUAAAAAUAUAUAAGUGGGAAGACUGCACAGACCCAGUCCCACGCAAAACAGAACCCAAACAAAGGAAACAGAGCUAGAGAGAGAAACGCUGUAAACCUCCUCCACAGUAACAGAAAAAACAGUCGAGAAAAUUAGGAUGAGCCAGAUUGUAUUGUUCGUCGACGAUUUCAGGUCAUCCGUAUGCAGGAUAUGCCAUGAAGAAGAGUUCGAAAGCAGUAAGAGCUUGGAGGCACCUUGCGCUUGUUCUGGAACUGUAAAGUUUGCGCACAGAGAUUGCGUACAGAGAUGGUGCAACGAGAAGGGGAACACGACUUGUGAAAUUUGCUUACAGAAAUUUGAACCUGGGUACACAUCUCCACCUAAGAAGACACAACUAAUUGAUACAACAGUAACCAUAAGGGGAAGUCUGGAAGUGCCACGAGAUGAGCAAGAACAGGAAAAUCGAGGAGAAAUUGUUGACACAGAGUAUUCUGAGUGUGCGUCAACGGCCGAAAGAAGUGCUUAUUGCUGCAGAUCAGUGGCUCUCAUCGUGCUUAUAGUUAAGGCUAGUGGAAUACUCCUUCCAAUGUACGUCUUGAUUCGGAUUAUAGCAGCACUACACAACAGUUUUACAUAUAACUAUCAGAAUUCUUACAGCACCACAAGCUCCGAUGAUGAAGCCAAUGAUGACGAAGAGCUGAAUGUUUAACAUUUAAUCAAGUCAUAUAUACAUUUGUUUGUUUUAUUCUUUUGUGUAUAUUUUUCUUCCUCUCCCAAACCAGAUCAGAUGAAAAUAUAGAAAAUUACAGAUACAAAGAAAGUGUUGUAUAUGCAAUCGCUAAAGAAAAUGAAAGACAACCAAAAAUGCUACGCAAAGCUAAUUUGUUCUCUUGUAUGAAGGUCGCAUGCAACAGAAUCUUGCAAUGCAAGUCUAUUAGAUGCAUGGAAAACAUUAAAAGCGACCUGCACAGCGCACAAUACAUUCAGUUGAGAUUUCAA